AGAAACGUCUUUAGCGACUGUCACUCACAUUUUAGCCGAUUUUCAUAACUCCUUCUUCUUCUUCCCAUUUCUCUCGCAAUUUAAACUUUGGCUCCUGCAUCAGACUCGACUCUCACUAGAAACAGAAAGAAAUAGUUACUGCACCAUGAAGCUUGGUUAUUCCUGUAUUCUCUCCCUUCUCUUCCUGUUUCAGAAUGUGCAGGUUUCCCAGAGUGCGGCGCUCGUCUUGAAUGAGGAUGGAACAGACUCACCCCUUGGCGCGAUUGUCUGUUUUUUGAUUCCAUGUGCCGAUCCAUCCCUUGGAGCCAGAAACUUUUUUGCUCCAGUAGCAACAGGAAGUGGAGGAGCUGGAUCCUCCGGUCCUCCGACUCCUGGUGAAACCGGCGAGGGAACUGAGGGCACCAUUCUACAACAACUAGUCUACGUCGGUGGUCAAAUUGUCCAGGCCGUCCUCGACGAGCGCCAACAAGAAGACGAGAUGCAAGUAGCAGGUGGAGACCCAGCAAGAGAAAGAGAAGAACUCAAUCUUCGUAUUCAGUUGCGAGAUGUUGCCAUUGGGUUUAUCAAUGGGUUACUUGCUGGUCAAAAUGGCGGUGAAGAUGAAGAAACCCCGUCGGAAGUGGGAAAUGCAGAAGAUGAAGACUCCGAUGUUGUUGAGCGACUUCGAGUAGCCGCUGUGGGUCUCGUUAUGACCAUCUUCAAUAGGCUUGGAGAUGGCGGUGAUGGAGGCACACGCCGACGUCUUCGUGGCCAGGUGAACGACAAGCAGCAGGUGGACAAGCUGCUGAAGCUGCUGCAACAAGACAAGCUCAGCGACCCACAGCUGAAAGAACAAAAAGAGGAAAUGGACAAGGCGGCAAUGAAUACUUUUAUGUUGGGGCAUUAGGAAACGAAGACAAGAAAGCUACAUAGUGCCGGUAUCAUACCAUUUUUAAAAAAUGUACAACUUGCAUCAACAUGGUAUUGGGUGGCCGGGCAAGUUAUCGAAUGCGCAUGACUUCAAUCCUACUCCCUUCAAUGAUCUUGCUUCCUUGCCCUCGGGAGAACUUCGAAAAGGAUGAAACUCCGCAGCAGCGUCGAUUGUUGAUGAUAGAGAUGGCUUGCCAACGUAAAAAUGUAGAAGCAGUUGCAUGU